AAAGUCAACCCCUCAUCCGAGUGUGACAGAGGGAUAGACAGUUUCUUCUAAGUAUUUUUUUAUUAUAUACCUAAUUAUAUAGUUUAAUUUAUUGUAUUAGAAUUAGGGAUUAUUAAUUAUUAAUGAAAAGAUGAAAAAUCUUAUCGUGUGAUCAUCCACUUUGUUGAGGGUGUAUAUGAUAUUCCUUUCCUCUUUCUAUCUUUCUGCCUGCUGCUACCCAUUUUAAACUAAUCUAACCACAAAUUCUUCACCAUCGUUUUUGUUUGGAACCCUGCACCUGCAGCUUAUAUUGCUCAGAUUUGUGGCCAUAAUAAAAAGCAAUGCGGUUCAGACUCAAGCAGUUGCUUCUAUGUUUAUUGGUCGCCAUUUCUUUCCUUGAAUGCAUUACAGCAGAUGGUCAAAAUGUAAAUUCACAAAGGAUUAGAGCUCCCCAUAAGAAUGUUGGGGAUACUGUUAUAGAUGGCACUGGUACAGAGAAAGUCAUAACUUCUGAGGAUAAUGACAAGGAAAUGAAUGACUGGAAGGGUAGUUACAGCAAAGUUUCUGUGUCCACUGUCAUGCUUUUUACGUUAGCAAUGGCUGCAGCAACUGGUUUAGGUGCAGUUCCGUUUUUCUUUGUGGAGCUCGAUCCUCAGUGGGCUGGGAUAUGCAAUGGAAUGGCUGCUGGUGUCAUGUUGGCUGCAAGCUUUGAUCUUAUACAGGAAGGACAGGAACAUGGUGCUGGAACUUGGGUUGUGAUCGGGAUUUUAGCAGGUGGCAUUUUCAUUUUUCUUUGUAAAAAGUUGCUUGAACAAUAUGGGGAAGUAAGUAUGCUGGAUAUAAAAGGAGCAGAAGCAACUAAAGUGGUCCUUGUCAUUGGAAUUAUGACUCUCCAUUCAUUUGGAGAGGGCUCUGGUGUUGGAGUUUCAUUUGCUGGCUCGAAAGGUUUUACUCAAGGCCUUUUGGUAACUUUAGCCAUAGCUGUACAUAACAUACCGGAGGGAUUGGCUGUGAGCAUGGUGCUUGCAUCGAGGGGCGUUUCUCCACAAAAUGCAAUGUUAUGGAGUGUAAUUACCUCCUUACCGCAGCCCAUUGUAGCAGUUCCUUCUUUUAUAUGUGCUGAUGCAUUUAAUAAAUUCCUCCCGUUUUGUACUGGCUUUGCUGCUGGAUGUAUGAUCUGGAUGGUCGUUGCGGAGGUUCUCCCUGAUGCAUUUAAGGAAGCUUCACCAACUGCAGUGGCAUCAGCAGCUACACUUUCAGUAGCAUUCAUGGAAGCACUAAGCACUCUGUUCCAGAACUUCACUCAUGAUUACAAUUCGGAGGAUGCUUCUGGCUUCUUUGUUUCGUUACUUUUUGGCCUCGGACCUUUGCUGGGUGGCCUCAUUCUUGUUGCAUUUGCUGUUGCUUUCUGCCUUAAACAUGCCCUUCUCAUGGGUGCUGCUUCUGGCAUUGCCUUCAUCCUUGGUGCCUGGCGACCAUUGCAACUGCUUGUAUUUUCUAAAAUGGGAUUUUUCCCACUUGUGUCGCUACUUGCCAUAGGUGCUGCAUUUGUCCAUGUUUCAAGCUCCAGUAUUUUGAAGAUUAUGUGCAACAAAAGAGCUUCUUCAAAUAACCUACCAUCAGUUACGGGAUUUCCUGUGAGUGUUCUGACGCUUCAGUCAGUUUUAGCAUGUGGAACAGUGGCUUUCCAUGCACUGGCUGAGGGCCUUGCGCUGGGAGUGGCGGCACCAAAAGCUUACGGACUUGGCCGGCACAUGGUCGUCCCUGUCUCCCUUCAUGGAAUUCCUCGUGGUGCAGCAGUGGCCAGCUGCAUCUUUGGAGCUACUGAAAGUUGGCAUGGAUCUCUAGCAGCAGCUGCUCUCAUUGGGUUUGUUGGUCCAAUAUCUGCAAUCGGAGCAAUAUUGGCAGGAAUUGACUACAAUGGUCUGGACCAUGUGUUGGUGUUGGCCUGUGGAGGAUUGAUCCCAUGCUUUGUUAGAAUAGUUGAAAGGGCGAUAAGGUUGGAUGUGCGAAAAACCAGCUGUGGGGUUGCUAUAGGAAUUGGUUUUGCCUCUCUUUGUUUAACAUGCACCAAGUUAGUUUGCUUACACACACCUUAUUGCGAUUCUGCUCCAGAGGCUGUUAGAUAAGAAGAUUGAUUAAUAGUGGUUUACAGUUAACGCAAAUUAUGCCACAAUACGGUAUACGGUUCAACAUGAGAAGAAUAGUGACCAUGGUCUAUAUACUUUAGCUUGUACCUUGGCUACUUUUCAUCUUUAUACACAAUUUUAAUUGUUAACAGAUCCCCUGAAUAUUUAUCUGAUAUGAUACCUACCUACGUAUAUGAAA